AUGGGCCCCGCGCCGAGGGAGCCCAUGAAGCAGCGUGUGAGCCGCUGCCUGCUGCGGCUCUCGGACCGGGACACGGAGGCGAUGGCCGCGGCCGAGCUGGACGCGAUCGCGCGCGAGUUGGACGCCGACGAGCUGCCGGUGUUCGUGGCCGCGGUCUCCGACGCGCGGCCAACCGACAGGACGCCGCUGCGGCGGCACUCGCUCCGCCUGCUCGCGCUCGUGGCCGGCGAGCACCCGCGGGCCGCCGUCGCGCCGCUCGUGCCCAGGCUCCUGGCCGCCGCGCUGCGCCGCGUCAGGGACCCGGACUCCUCCGUGCGCGCCGCGCUCGUCGACGCGGCCCGCGCCGCGGCGGGCGCCGCGGCGUCGCCGCCCGCGGCGCUGGCCCCGCUCGCGGACGCGCUGCUGCACGAGCAGGACCAGUGCGCGCAGCUGGCCGCCGCGCUCGCCGCGGCGGCUGCGGUCGAGGCCUCGGAGCCCACCGACGACCUCGUCGCCUACCUCCGGGGGCUCCUCCCGCGACUCUACAGGCUCCUCCGCAGCACCGCAUUCAGGGCCAAGCCAGCGCUCAUCUCCCUCAUCGGCACUGCCUCAGCCGCCUCUGGCGGGGGAGCCGCCUCCACCGCCGUGCCUUGCCUACGCGACGCGCUCACUGGCGACGAUUGGGCGGCGAGGAAGGCUGCUGCCGAAGCGCUCGCUUUGUUGGCCCUCCAGCACGGAGGCGAUCUCGUUUCACACAAAUCUUCUUGCAUUACCGUAUUCGAAGCCAAGAGAUUCGAUAAGGUGAAAAUAGUGCGCGAGUCCAUGAACCGGAUGAUCGAAGCAUGGAGGGAGAUCCCAGACUUGGAUGAGGAGGUCUGCUCCUUCGACGUGCCACCAUCGUCCCAGUCUACAUCUUCUCUCACAGAUACCGCUGAUUCCUUGGGCUCCACCUCCACCCCUUCAAUUACAAGGAGGAACUCAUGGCCGACUAACAGGCAGCCCCCACCGGACGCAUCGCAUAAUGUCACCAACAGAAAAGGCAGCACUCCUUCCAUCAUAGGCAAGAAAAUUUUGCCUCCUUCACGCCGCAGCACAAACCAAGCCAAGAAAUUUGAAGGCAGGGUUGAUGUUACCGUCGCUUCAGAUGCGACGCCAGCCAAAAUGGUGACCGAGGAAAAGCUCCUGAAUGAGGGCAGCGUUAGAGAGAGGCUUGAAGCGCGGAGGGUGCUGUUUCAGAAAACUGGUGAGAAGGGUUACAAGAAGCUGGCUGGUCCCAAGUCAGGAUCCAGAGUUUUUCCAUACAGUGGGGAUGGUGACUUUGAAGAGACGGCUGAGACUGAGGAUGCACCUGACGAACUUCAGUCAGCUCACAAGGAUGAGGCUCUGUGGAAGAUCAGGUUGCAGCUUGUUCAGAUUGAGAAUCAGCAUGCCAGUUUGCUUAAUCUUCUCCAGAAAUUCAUGGGGAGCUCCCAGAACGGGAUACGUUCCUUGGAGACGAGGGUGAACGGGCUGGAGAUGGUGUUGGACGAGAUAUCCCGUGAUUUGGCUGCUUCCUCCGGAAGGACUCCAAACAGCGAACCUGACACAAUCGCUUGCUGCAUUCUGAGCCCAAAGUUCUGGAGAAGACACGACGGAGGCAGAUACACUUCCAGGUACUCUGUAUCCGAUGCACCAGACUACUCCGAGGAGAGGAAAAGUUCUUACAAGUGGGACAGGCACAAGUUUGGUGUUCAUGGCGGUUCGGUCACCAAUCCCUUAGCAGAGCCAAAUGAUUCAUCUGCAAGGAGCAUAGCUGUUUCCCAGGAAGGGAGGAGAAGAGACUCGAUUCAAUACAGAUCAAGGUAA